CGAAUGAGGAAAAUCUUCGGGAAAAUCAAGUUGGUCCAAAUGACGGCAACGAAGGUGACUGUUUACCCAACGGGUUUGAAGUGAAAGACAUAUUCGACAGUUCCGGCGGUGAGCUGAGCGCUACUCAUGACUCGGACGUGAAAAUAUGUAUUGCAAACGGCGCAAUACCGAUUGGCGUCAGCCAGGAAGUCUUCUACCGUGUGGUCUACGACACAACAGAGCUGUUGCAGGAUAUCCCCGUUGGACCUGAUGAAACACUCAUUUCCCCCGUGAUUGAGUGCGGACCACACGAUAUCAGACUUUUAAAGCCUUCGGAGAUUAUAAUUCCACAUUGCCUCUAUAUGGGCAAAGCUAAAAAGGAAUGGAUAACUGUCUACAGAACUGACCCAGGUCCCAUCAAGUGGGAGAAAAUCCCCAACAAAUCCAAAAGAAAUGAUCUGUCUAGAGCAUGGUUCACAGCAAAAGAGGACUCCAUUCACAUCAAUACCAUGACAUUCUGUUUCUGGUGCGUAUAUUUUCGUCGCGGGGCACCGAAAAAGAAAAGAGCCACAGUGUUUGCUAGUAAACCAAAUCCCGGAGGUGAUCUCAUUCAAUUCAGAUUCUACAUUUACAGUGACAACAAGGAUUCACUGAGGCGAGUGGAGACGCAAGAUAAAGAGUUGUUUCCUCACUCAUGGAAAGGAAUGGAGAAACCCUUCAAAAUGUACAACAACAGCAAAAAUAUAACCGUGAAACUUGUGACGGAUCCUGAGGAGGGCUGGGAAUUAGACAAGACAGCUGGUGAACAGAUGUACAUCUGCGAUGAUUCCCACGGCGGUAGAUUUCGAUGUAAAGAUGCGUGUGUUUUUGCAGUUAAACCAAUGAAAGGUCGAGAAGUAAAACCGUUUACUUGUAAUCUAACGUUCCAACAAGAGGGCCAUGAAACAGCACAUACAAUCUACGUGAACCCUGGUUAUCCGCUUGUGGAGGGGUCGAUCGAGCCGGCAAAUGCUCGUGCGCACUCCAACAGCGCAGCUGGAUGCUCGACUUCCUCAGCUCCAGAAGAAAGUGACAGGAGCAACAUAGACGAACAACCAAAAACUCCUCAAGGUUUGAAUAAAUCACAGUUGGUGAAUUUUCCACGUCAAAGAUAUGGAAAAAGUGACGGUCUCGAGGUGACCUUAUCUACUCUUAGACGCAGCAAAAGUGCAUCUGGGUGCUCGAAGUCCCCAACAUCAGAAGAAGGUGACAGUGGCAACUUAGACGAACAAUCAAAAACUCGUCAAGACUCGAAGCCCCUUAGCAGCUUGCUGGAAAUUAGGCCAUUACUUGAGAAAAUAUGUAACCGUCUGGACUCAAGUAGGCCGGGUGUUGGUGACUAUCGCCAUGUUUGUUCAUACUAUGGUAUCGACAGUUUUCAAGUGACCGCAGUUUACGAAAAGCACACUGACGGACCGUCAAAAGCCCUCUUGGAACACUUGGCAGCUUCACACGAACAGCUAACAGUUGCCGAGUUUGAAAGUGUGUUGAGAAAAAUUGCCAGGAGAAGUGACAUUGCCAAGCUUUUAGAAGAAUAUGAUAAUCAGUAAAAAACAUUUUAAAGAGGUCAGCGUUGUUUUGAAGUAGUUUUCAUAGAAUUUUGAAGUGCGUAAAAUUCUUAAAAAGAAACGUCAAUUGAUAGCACGUUCGUCACAAAAAACAAUUCCACAGUGUAGUAAAUUUGGUAUAAAGAGUUUAAACCGACUUUGUUUUGAUGCGUUUGCUUUAAUUAAACAAGUGCCUCGAGAGGUAAAGAGGGCAUCCUACUUUGUAAACAGGAGUUAUAAAUGCCUUGUUCUAUGUUUUUUUUUUUAAAUACCAAAUUAGUUCUAUAUUCUUUUCUAGGUCUCGUGUUGCACUGAUUUAAUCAGUUUUCAAAUGGUCAUUUUGCUCUAAAUAAAAUGUUAUUAUGGGAAUUUCAGUUUUAGGCAUUAUAUAUAGUCACUGUUAGUGCGCAAGGCAUCUGCUUUGUAAACGUUUAGGACAGCAGUUAUAUUCAUAUGAUCAUGGUAGUCUUGCCACAGGCAGACCAAACUCGCGUUAUAUACCAUCGUUUGCCGGCAUAUUUUGGCCAGCUUUUUGCGCCUUUGAUUUUAAUAAUUUCUAACGAAUACAAGAAUGGUACAGAGAUGAAGAGAAUUCAUAACAAUAACUUAGAGAGCUUUUGAUGUCAUCGUGCUAAAAUUGUUAAGGUUAUUAAGAUCGUCAUCUACAUCAGUCAGAGACUGAGAUAGAGUAUUCAGCACCAAGGUUGACCAUCCAGUUGGUCAGUCCUUGGUGUUUAAUUCAUACUGAUAUUCCUAAGUAUCAGCUCCAUAUACAUCAUAAGUAUUAAUUUUUUCUUUGGUUUGUUUAUUUGUAUGUUUGUUAUUAAAAUAAAU